AUGGAGCAGCAGGCGCGGUGGCCGGACGUGCCGCCGUGCUACCGCUUCACGCCGACCGCGCGGGAGCUCAUCCGCUACUACCUCAACCCCUGGGUGGCCAACCCCGGCCAGACGCCGCCGUUCGGGGAGCCCGAGGGCGUCGUGUGCGCCGCCGACGUCUACAGCGCGGACCCCGGCACGCUCACGUCGCGGCUCCGCCGCUUCGGCCACGACGACGGCAACUGGUACUUCCUCUGCGUCGCCCGCUGGAAGGACGGCAACGCCGGCACCCGGAUGAGCCGCGCCGUCCGGGGCGGCGGCACGUGGCACGGCUCCGGGAAGCGGGUCGCCGUCCCCCGCCACGGGUACCGCCAGACCUUCGAGUACCGCGACGCCGCCGGCGACAAGAGCGCCUGGCUCAUGGAGGAGUUCGGGAGCAGCAUGCCCGAGGCCACCGACGGCGAGGGCGUCAGGGUCAUCUGCAGGGUGCACCGCACGCCGAGGGCGGCGGCGGGCGGCGACGACGGCGGGGAGGAACACCAAGAAGAAACCGACGAGGUCUAG